AUGUGGGGCGCAUUCUUGACUAUGAGAGUCCCGUUCAAGGUCGAUCUCCUGCUUUUUCGGCUGGCUAAACUCCGAGAUAGCGCUCGUCUGUGUGAUGUGACUCUGGUCGCCGAGGGAACACGGAUAAGCGCCCAUCGAGUCGUACUUGCUGCAAGUACAGAUUAUUUUGAAGCCAUGUUCGCAAACGAUAUGGCUGAAAGCCGCAUGGAAGAAAUAGAAAUCAAAGAUGUGGAAGCCGCAGUGCUUGGAGCUCUGGUCAAUUUUUGCUAUUCCGGAAAAAUAAGGAUCAGUAGCACCAAUGUAUGGACUGUGUUGCCCACCGCGUGCCUACUUCAGCUUAAUGAAGUAAAGGACGUUAUUGGCACUGACGAGUUUUAUCGGCUCCCUGGUAACCAAUUAGUUGAACUGAUUUCAAGUGAAGAACUCCAGGUGCCGUCACAAGAAAAGGUUUUUGAGGCAGUUGUUGACUGGGUCAGGUUCGAUAUACCGGCUCGGCAGCAAUUGUUGCCACAGGUGGUGACUGUAUUCCUUGUCGUUGUCCGGCGUCCUAUUGCACUCUACUUUGCAGUUGCUCGAGCAUGUGCGGCUUCAGCUUUGUGA